AUGUCAGAUCGUUUCUCCCCAAUUCCAGGCAUAGAAUCUGCUUUCCAAAAAGAUUUCCCAAUCUACAACCCAGCCAGUAGAGAAGAACAGCUAGCAGACAUAAAAGCCCGUCUAGAAGCCAAAAGCGCAAUUUACAAAAAAAUGAAAUUCAACCAUGUUCAUUCCAACCAAGAUCUCCAGCAUGAACUUCGGCACCGUUUUCAGUCCUCUCUAAAUAAGCUGAAUUCACUUGAAACAAGGAACGUUGGGGUAAAAGAAGCCCGGCAGAUAAUUGAAAGAAAUGUGUCCAAUGAAGCUUUAAAGGUUUUUCUUGGCUCUCUAGGAGAAAUCAAAAAAGUAAAGUCGCCCAUUGCGAGGGAACAAGAAGUGCUGCUGAUUGGCUGGGUUGCCAAUGCUUUUAGAGACAGAAUUGAAGAAGAUGGCCUAAAAACAGUUACAAGAAUGGUCGAAAUGAUUGCAGAUUUUUUCAAUGAUUUAAAUAGGCCAGUUCAUGAAGCUGCUGCAUCAGCGCUUUGUGAAGUAUACGAAAAUUUGGUGCCAAAGAAUAGCAUAGAUGUGAUUUUAGGCGUUAUUUAUGAUCCUUUGGAGAUUGCAAUGACUUCAGGCAUAAACACUAAAUCACAGCAGGCUGCCGCGCUUUCUGUUUUUAAGUGGGUGGAGUAUUUGAUAAGCCAAGAUGAAAAUGAAGUAGCGAAUUCGAUUUAUCCUAGGGUGCUCUCGUUAUAUUGCAAGCUGAGAGCUGAGUUCCCUGACUUGAUUAGCGCACUAGGAGCUUUAAUUGAUUUUUGUGGGAUUGACCCUCUGCUACCAUCUCUUUUAGGAGUCAUUAAAAAAAGCUUGCAAUAUCUUCAAUAUAUAGGCCCGCAAGCCCACCUAUAUAAAAUUGAAGCUUGCAAGCUGUUUUCUUGCUUAGCCAAGCAUUUACAAAAUUUAGCUGAUUUGGUGCUAGAGCCUUUUCAUAGCGAAGUCUUGCUUACUUUGCAAGAUGUAAAAACAGAUAAGCUGGCAGCUGUACAAAAUGCGGCUAGACAGGCUUAUAAUGAUUGGAAGUCACUGGAAGAGAUCCAAAGAGAAAUAGAAGAAAGGAAAAUGAUCCAAGACCCGAUUCCUGCAGAAGAAAUUGUAAAGUUUAGAACUGGGGUAAGAGAUUUUAAAAAUUAUGAGAAAAGUCCUGAAAGGGUAGGCCCAAAUAAUUUCAAAGCAAUUAGGGAAUUAGCAAAAAGGAAUAAACAAAUGCAAGGGAAUAUACAAAAGGCAAAUCAAGAGUGAGGAAUAUCUAAGUCGAAAUUCUUGGAAAAGGGAAGCGGGAAUUAUAUUGAAGUUGAAAAUGAGCAGCCAAAAAAGCCAGCUCCCGUAGUCAAUAAAAGAAAUAUUGAUAUAGUGCCAAAUAUUGUACCGAGAGAAGGAAUCAAUAAGCAUGUAAUGGAAGUAAUACAAAGGAGCUCAGUUGAAGCGUUGCCAAAAUCAAAUCUGAAAGAGCCAAUUAUAGAGGAAGUGGAAAAGGAGGAUGAGCCGACAGUGGAAGAUCGAUACCAAUCUCCUUCUUUUAAAUUUGAGCAGGCAAACAAUAGGACAGAUUUUUCAGAAGGACCAAAAACUGCAUUUACAAAUAAAAGAAAUAUCCAAGAUCAAGAAAUGCUAAGGCAAAGAAAUCGCCAAGAUAUAGUUAUAAGCCGACCUGUAUCUCAGCCUGAGCCAGUGAUGCAAAUACAAAGUGCCUAUCAAAGUGACAAUAUUCCGAUAAAGCAAACUUUUCAAAGAUCUGAUGUUAUUGUGAGGCCAAAGCCUCAGCCUGACUUAACAGCUUUUACGGAAAACAUAAAGAGCACUUUCUUAGCUAUGCAAAAAACAAUGGAUAAAGGCUUCAAUGCUAUUGAGCAGCGUCUAUACCAAUUAGAUCAACGAAUGGACGAAGCCUAUAACAGGCUCGAAAAUGUAUCCAAUAUAAAGCAGCUAGAAGAACAAGAAGAAGAACAAAGUGAAGAUAUAAGGCGAAGCUUUGUUCAUCCGCCGCUUAAACAAGACAACUAUUCUCAAAGUGAUACUUUUAGCAAACCUCCUCCAAAAAUCCAAAACAAUAUCCAAGUCCAAACAAAUCCUAUUAGCCAAAAACCUCAAAAGCCGAUUGAAGAAGAAAGCCUUAAAAUCACCCCAAAAGUAUCCCAAACUACCCUCCAAAAACAAAAUGACAUUGACCCUCUAAGCAAAGUAUGAAUCGAUGUUCUGAAUGAUCUCAGCCUUGGAAAGAUUGAAGAGGCCUAUUUAAAAGUCCUAAACACUGGAGAUGAUAUUUAUCUGCUCAGAUUGAUGCACAAGACAGGAGCUUGUUUAUCAAAAAUGUCUUUAAAUUUAUGCAAAAAAAUAUUGAGCAGGCUUGGCAUGAUUUUGAACUCAGGAUUUUUAGAGGGAAUUGGCGUUGAUUGGCUUGAAGACGCCAUAAAAGAAAACAUGCUAUCGAAUCUUGGAGAGGAGGAGAAGCGGUCGCUAGGUGAUGCGAUGGAAAGAAUCUCUCAAUUACCAGGAGAAGAAGCAAUUUCUGCAUCAAAUAUUUUGAAUUCAUUGUCGUAUUUAUAA